CAAAAAGAAAGCUGCUGAUUUUCAUUUUUUGUCUUCUGCGCGCCUUUCCUUUCUUCCUGCUGUCUGUCGUUCCUCUGCAACUCCUUCGAGACGCCCCGUCUCUCUCGUUCUGUCUCCAACGCCUGCGGCUCUUCUCGCUUUUUCCGACCUUCUCGCAGCGCCUUGCGGUCUUCUCCCUGUUGACACCUUCGUUCUCCUCUCCUCCUUUGUUCUCUUCACCAUUGGUGCUUCUGCCAGGUUCGUUCUCUUGUCACUUCGCCCUUCUUUCAGCUUUUCUUCGAUCGGCGACGGGCGCCGCGCAUCGGGAGAGACCCCCGCGCCUGCUGCAGCUCUCAGCCAGGAAGGAGAGACACCGCAGGACAGCGAAGCACUGCGCCACAGGUUCAGGAUAUUCAAGAGGGAGGAGCAGCUUGAGAGGCAGAGGUUCCCGCAGCGUUUCGCAACUCGCUGAGAACGCAGGAAAGCCGUCCUUCUUCUCGCCCCCGUUGCCGCCUUUUUCUCUGCAGGCGCGUGCAGCGUCCACCUGCGCGUUUUACUUCCUGGAGUUCACUGCACUUGACUUCCUGGCAAGGCCUCCCGUUGCGCAGGCAGCAGCCAGACAGAACGCGAGACGGGAGCGCGCCGAGCGUCAGAUGUGACGCAGAAAAGAAUUCAAGAGAGAAAGAGAGAGAAAAAGAGAGAGAGGGCGACUGAGAGACAGGGAGAGAGACAGACACACAGACAGAGAGAGAGAGAGGAAGAGGGAGGAAAAAGCAGAGUGAGGACAGCUGGAAACGGAGAAGGGAGAUGAAACAGCAGGUAAAAACAGGAUGAAGAAGACGAGAGGCGAGGAGGAUCGACGCCACUGAAGUGGAGAUCGCGGACUCCCUGGAAAUUUUAAAGAAAUCGGUGCCAGAAGAGCCAAGAUGACCUCGCUUGCCCCGUCGGCGAGGAAGCGCCUGCCUGCCGUCUCCUCGUCGUUCUUCUCUCUCUUGUCUCGCGGAAGUCAGGCAAGGCACCGCGCGACAGCGUCUGCGUCCGUGAGGCGGUUGAAAGAGAAAAGAGAAGAAAGACGAAGGUGCUCUUGGCUCGACGAGCGAGGCGAUAGAUGCCGACUGGGAGAAAACGCGGUGGAAAACAGAGAUGGAGGCGAUAGCAACAGAGUGAGGACAGAGAGGGAGAGGAGCACGAGACAACGGGGAGACCUCGAUGUCGCCUCUCCAAGUGAUUUGGGGCCUCCUGACGUUUUACCCAGCUCUCACUUCGCCUUUUGGUAUCCUUCUUCUUCUUGUCACAGUCUCAAAGGUUCGGCCAUUCCAUCCUGUACUCCUCUACCAUUCUUCUCUCGGACAUCGACGCGUCUCUCCCCGUUCCCUUCUCCUCUAGCGCCUUCUUCUUCUUCUUCUUCUGCUUCUUCUUCUUCUUCUUGUUCUUCUGCUUCUUCGUCUUCUUCUUCUUCUUCUUCUGCUUCUUCUUCUUCUUCUCCUCUCUGUUCGUCUGCGGCGCUGGCGGCUGUGGUGCGGGAUGCGACGGCAGCGGUGAAGAGGAGUCACCACGAUUCUUCUCUCUGGCGGUCGUUGGGCGAUGAAGCCUCUCUCCUGCUUCUUCGCCUCCAAGACGAAAUGCACUGCAGCGGCGGAGGCUGGAGGCUCUCAGGGGACUCCUGCGACUCUGACGACGAGGCACAAGGCACCGGGCGCGACGUCGAAGCUGGCGGAUCUCUCGCUGCCUCUGGGGCAGUCGCAGCGCCUGUGGCUGCGCGCGACGCGCGUGCAGACCUCUCUUCCUUUGGUCGCGACCUGAGCAUGCUGGUGAAUCGCUUCAAACAAAUGCGUUUUUUCCAUGCGCGGUUCUUGCAGACGGCGGAACAGGCUGCUCUGGCGUCUCUCGAGCUUCUCUCUCUGCACGACGCUGCCCUUCUCGCGGCCUCCUUCGCUGCUCUCGAGUGCAACAGUCCCUCUUUCUUCUUCUCGCUUGCAGAUCACAUCUGCCGCGUUUCGACUUCUCCCUCGCCCCCCGUCGCUCGCGCGGCUCAAGCCGCUCUCCGCGUUCUUCGUCAGUCUUCUUCUCCUUCGUCUCCGGCCUCUCCGUCGUCUUCGCUUCUGGCGCCCGCAUCUGCGUUGUCGGUCGCGCGUCGCCGGGACUUGUUUCUGUCUUCGCUGCCUCCGUCGGCAUCCUAUCCGCUUUCACUGUUGCUCGCCACAGCACGAGAACCUGGCGGCAAGUGCCACAGUCGCUUGCACUUUCCCCGCAACUCUCGGGGGGCGGCGGCGCUCUCAGGACUGUGCUUGGCCGUCGCUGACGAGAUCGAGGUAAAUCUCGCGCUCUCCUGGGUCCACUUGCUCUCGGGAUUUGCUCGAGCCCACAUCGCGCAUGCGGAUCUCUUUGAAGUCGCUGCGCUGCCUCUCUCCUCGUUCCUGGAGACGAAGGCUGCGUCGCUCCUCAUUCUGCAGCGGCGAGCUCUCGAGAGACGCAGCGUCGCACGCGCCAGACUGGCAUGCCCCGCCGGCGCUCGCAUGCAGGUGUCUCUCUCUGUGGGGCUGCGGGGAGCCCGCCGAAAAGGACAGGCGACCGCCGAGGAGACCGCCGAGGAGACCGACACAGAAGGCGUCGCGGCGCUCCACGGAGACCUCAUUCGGCCUGCAGGAAGUCGCGGGGGAGGAGCCGCGCAUGCAACGAUGCCCGGAAGGACCGUCGCGAAAGUUGUCGAAGCGUAUGCCGCAUUUCGAUAUAAACAUGAGAGACUCUUGAGAGCAGCGACCUCGACGGUGUCCUUCCUUUCGUUCACUGACAGCGACGUCGAGUCGCUUCGGCGCUCCUUGGAGACACUCGACUUCCAGUCGCCAGAACUCGAGCGAGUCGCUGCUCUGCGGACCUCCGCGUCUCGAUAGGUUCAGCGAUCCACCCUCGCAACGCCACCCAGGACGGUAGUAGUGCCCAGGACAAGGAGGAACUGGCAGUUCCAGGUUUACCGCUUCCAGAGAUAUGUGCAUCCACCGAUGCAGAGACGCUCUUGUUUGCAUGCGGAUCUACGCCUGUGCAUCUACAUCUACAUUCACAUCUAUCCAUAGACAUGCAAACAUACAUAUAGAUGUACAUGGAUAUGUAUAUCUAUCUAAGUAUAUAUAUCUAUGUAGGUAUGUAUGUAGGUAUGUAUGUAGGUAUGUAGAUAUACGUGUAUGUGCUUGUCAAUAAGGACUGCCUUUGUAAAUGUGGAUCUAACGUGCUUGGGAUAUGUUGUGAGGUAUUUUGCAAUGCUCGCGAGGUAAACAGAGACAGAGUGCGGUCUCUGGAACGACGACAGGCAAAGCCGUCGCCGGCGUCCUCUCGCUGGUUUCCGCGUGCAAACGAAUCUAAGCAAAGCCAGCUCUUGGCUUCCCCACGCCUCCCCAACACACCGCGCGUCGGGUUCGGCUUAUAGACGGAGACUGCCGCGACGCGUUUGGAAGAACGUGGAGAGAGACACUCCCCCUGCGUCUGUGGACUGCUCCCUCCCGGGCGCCUGGGCGCAGGCCUCGAAGGCACUACUGGGCGGCGCAUGCUUGCACUGAGGAAAGUGGAAAUGCGCGUUCAGCGCGCGCGCGCAGACGAGCGAAAGAAGCAGAAGAGUUUCCGCAGCGAGACGAGUUCUUCUGAGACCCGUACACGACGCACCACGACAGCCUUGCUUGCAACGCAUGCAGCGACAGAGAAGACAGCAGCAAAGCCGGCAGACAAAGUCCAUCCACCAGACAGGCGGUUCAUUUAUGAAAACGAUUCAGAUGCUAGCGAGAUGCGUAACAAUCCUCACAGAACGAAAACUCCACAGAUG